AGUAGAAUCACGACGACGUCUUUAUCUGUUCGCUGGUUUUUGUUUUUUUUAAAUAGUCUUUCUUUUGUUCAUUGUUUACUAUCUGAGGAUUGUUGAAUCUAGCGGAUGGAUCUUGCAUGCUUGACAGUGUACGUUGUCGUUUGUUAUCUCGCUCUUCAGGUGAUCCUGUCUUUUUCUGAGUAAUCUACAAUCUAUACUUGCAUAUAUCUUGACUGAUAAACUAGAGAAUUCUGUGUCUAAGGAGGAUACAUCUUUACGAUCGAGAUCUUUAUUAUACUGUUAACAUCCACCCUGUUACGCCGAGUGUUUGAAAAUUUGACAAGGAGAGAAAAUUAUUCCAUUCAUACCGAAGGACUGUUCAAGCCAGACUAGUUGUGGUUGACGUUGAUGAGAGAUACGAUUGGGAUGGCUGAUGUUGAGAAUUCACGUACAAUUGAUCUAAGUGAGAUCAAAGAACUAAAGAGGGUGUAUUGUGGGAUCCAAAAAUUUGAAAAAGCGUCAGAAGUAAAAAAUGAAUUAAAGACAGAUGAAGACGUUCAACGUGAACAGGAUGAGGUACAUCAGGGGGUAUAACUCGUGUAUUACAGAAAUAAAUAUACAACGUGAACAGGAUGAGGUACAUCAGGGGGUAUAACUCGUGUAUUACAGAAAUAAAUGUACAACGUGAACAGGAUGAGGUACAUCAGGGGGUAUAACUCGUGUAUUACAGAAAUAAAUGUACAACGUGAACAGGAUGAGGUACAUCAGGGGGUUUAACUCGUGUAUUACAGAAAUAAAUGUACAACGUGAACAGGAUGAGGUACAUCAGGGGGUAUAACUCGUGUAUUACAGAAAUAAAUGUACAACGUGAACAGGAUGAGGUACAUCAGGGGGUAUAACUCGUGUAUUACAGAAAUAAAUGUACAACGUGAACAGGAUGAGGGUGAAGAUUUAGAAAUAAAUCAAAGUUUUAAAGAGAAAGAUCAUCAUUAUCUAUAUGUCGCAGCAAUUGACAUAGGAACAACAUACUCCGGUUUUGCAUUCUCCAGUCACAAGGACUUCAUGAAGGACCCCCUAAAAGUGUACUCCCCCAUCUGGAACAGUGGUCACAAUAUCUCCCAAAAGACUGCAACGUUCAUCCUCUAUGACGCAGACGACAAUUUUCAUUCAUUUGGAUAUGAGGCAGAGAACACGUACUUAGAGCUGUUGGAGCAUUCUGAAGAAGAGGCUUUGAAUUGGCGGGCUUUUUACAACUUUAAGAUGAAGCUGUAUGAGCACGAGAUUGAUGAUCUAGAAGAGCUCAAUUUAAAAGACGACCAAGGAAAAACAAAGCCUGCGGUGACCAUUUUUGCCGAUUCCAUCCGUUAUCUCAAAAAUGAGAUGUUAGCAGAAUUCAAGAAGCAAGGGUUGAGCACUUUGUUAGACGAAGUGCGAUUUGUUGUUACUGUUCCUGCAAUAUGGGAUGAUAGAUCACGUGGUUUCAUGAUUAGUGCGGCCGUUGAGGCUGGAAUUCAGCAGGACCAUCUCAUGCUUUCCCUGGAACCAGAAGCUGCAGCUGUACUCUGCAAAGAACACCACGUGGCUGCAUAUCACGAAACAAAUUGUGAAGACAUUCUCAACUUUGACUUUGGAUCCGAGUUUGUUGUUGUCGAUCUUGGAGGUGGAACUGUAGAUAUAACAACAAACAAGGUUUUGCCCUGCGGGAGUCUGAAAGAAUUGAAGAGUGCCCGAGGUGGAGACUGUGGUGGAACUACUGUUGAUAAAAGAUUCUUCGAUUUCUUGAAGAGUUGCAUCGGAACAGAUGAUGAAUAUGAAGUAUUUAAGCAGGAAAACCUAUCUGAUUUUCACGAACUUCGACAAGUCCUUGAAGUAAAAAAGAGGCGAACAGGAAAAUAUAGUUCAAAAUUUGUUAGCCUCACAAUUUCACCCGCGUUUGCACAGAAGAUGGAUCCGUCGAAAAUGAAAGAAUACGAUAAUCGCAUAUCAAUAUCCAGAGGGAAAUUACAAUUGCCCAUCACGUUUUUCCUUUCCUUCUUCGAGCAACCAAUACAGGAUGUAUUGAAGUGUCUUGAUGAAGCAGUUACAGACGAAAUAAAGUCCAUCCUGCUCGUCGGUGGAUUUGCCAACUCUGAAAUACUUUUCCAGGCUGUAAAAGAAAGGUAUCAACACCAACAUGUCUAUUGCCCUCCUGAUUCCGACCUCUCUGUCCUGAAAGGAGCCGUCAUUUACGGACACAACACCGAUCUCGUGGCCAGUAGAAUUUGCAGAGCUUGGUAUGGAAUUAUUCCCGAUGAUGAUUUUUUCCCAAAGAAUUCAGAAUCCAUGCGACACAAUUUCUAUCCGCUUACACAGAAAGGUCAACCUGUAACUGUUGAUGCAAGAACCAUUCAUCGUUUCAUCAUCAACGAGAGAUGCGACAAAGACUCAUUGUUUCUGUCUGUUUUUUCCACUACGAGCGAUAGCAUACCUACUUCAGAUUCCAAGGAUUUAAAACGCACAAUUACCUUUGAAUUGGGAAUACCGCCACGCACAAAUGCACAGAAAAGGGUGAUUGAAUUAGCCGUAAAACUUAAUGGAACCGAAUUUGAAUUCAAAGCAAGAGUAAAAUCAAGGAGUCUGGCGGCUGCAGUUUCGAUCAAGAGUUGAUAUUGAUAAACACCUUGUUUGUUUAGGUUAUUCUUGAUAACAAUAGCUUUAAUAAGCAGCGAGAAAGUGUACGUUGUACAGCCAUAGUCCCAGAUUGGCAGCCGCAAGAGAAAAAUGACCUCGAAUUUAAAUAAUAGUUCUUUCGCACUCUUAUUGUGACAAUGCCUUUGCAAGAAAUAAAGAUGUGUAAUUAAGGAAUAAAUUCUAUUUCACAAAU